AUGGCAGAAAACGAGGUGGACCUGGACUCUAUCAUAGAUAGACUGCUUGAAGUCCGCGGUAGCAGACCCGGCAAGCAGGUUCAGCUACUUGAAACUGAGAUUCGCUACUUGUGCACCAAGGCACGCGAGAUCUUCAUCUCACAACCCAUCCUGCUCGAGCUCGAGGCGCCGAUAAAGAUUUGCGGUGACAUCCACGGCCAGUACUAUGAUCUACUCCGACUGUUCGAGUAUGGCGGAUUCCCCCCUGAGGCCAACUACCUCUUCCUAGGUGACUACGUCGAUCGUGGCAAGCAGUCUCUCGAGACCAUCUGCCUCCUGCUUGCAUACAAAAUCAAGUAUCCCGAGAACUUCUUUGUCCUCCGCGGUAACCACGAGUGUGCCUCCAUCAACCGCAUCUAUGGUUUCUACGACGAGUGCAAGCGAAGAUACAACAUCAAGCUAUGGAAGACGUUUACCGACUGCUUCAACUGCUUGCCAAUCGCCGCUAUCAUCGACGAGAAAAUCUUCACCAUGCACGGUGGCCUAAGCCCAGACCUAAACUCCAUGGAGCAGAUCAGGCGCGUCAUGCGACCUACGGAUAUUCCGGAUUGUGGACUACUCUGCGAUCUCCUAUGGUCCGACCCUGACAAGGACAUCACUGGAUGGAGCGAGAACGACAGAGGUGUGAGCUUCACAUUCGGACCGGACGUAGUCUCGCGUUUCCUGCAGAAGCACGACAUGGAUCUCAUUUGCCGUGCCCAUCAAGUUGUAGAAGAUGGCUACGAGUUCUUCUCCAAGCGCCAACUCGUCACCCUGUUCAGCGCGCCGAAUUACUGUGGUGAAUUCGACAAUGCGGGUGCAAUGAUGAGCGUCGACGAGAGUCUACUAUGCUCCUUCCAGAUUCUGAAACCGGCCGAAAAGAAACAAAAGUACGUUCCCAGCCUUGGCGGCGGUAGACCAGCGUCUCCUCGCACCAAGAAAACCUAG